UUACACACAAAGCUCCCUUCGACUGUUACUCCUCUGUUUUCUCCCAUCUACCUCUUCCUCCCUCCUCGCUCUGCCAUCGUCCAUCGAGCUCGCGAUCGGAUUCGCGCCCCCACUCGCCUCGCUCAAACGCGCGCCACCCCUAUCGCCGCAGAUCAUUAGGGUUGGGCCGUCGCCCCGCUCGAUUCCGCCGGACUCGCCGUCGCCACCAUGCCUCUCAGGUUGGAGAUCAAGAGGAAGUUCGCGCAAAGGUCGGAGAGGGUCAAGUCGGUGGAUCUUCACCCCUCGGAGCCAUGGAUCCUGUCGAGCCUCUACUCUGGGAGUGUCUGCAUCUGGGAUUAUCAGUCACAGGCUAUGGUGAAAUCGUUUGAAGUCUCAGAAUUGCCAGUGCGGUCAGCAAAAUUUGUUUCAAGGAAACAAUGGGUUGUAGCUGGUUCAGACGAUAUGUUCAUCCGUGCCUACAACUACAAUACAAUGGACAAAGUUAAAGUUUUCGAGGCUCAUACUGAUUACAUAAGAUGCGUUGCAGUCCAUCCGACUCUGCCAUAUGUGUUGUCAUCAUCUGACGACAUGUUAAUAAAACUGUGGGACUGGGAUAAAGGGUGGAUGUGCACCCAAAUCUUUGAGGGACAUUCACACUAUGUGAUGCAGGUUACUUUCAAUCCAAAGGAUACUAACAACUUUGCAAGUGCAUCUCUUGACCGUACUACGAAGAUAUGGAGUUUGGGUUCUCCAGAUCCAAAUUUUACACUUGAUGGACACCAGAAAGGUGUUAACUGUGUUGAUUACUUCACUGGUGGUGACAGGCCUUAUUUGAUUACUGGUUCUGAUGACUCCACUGCAAAGGUCUGGGAUUACCAAACAAAGAGCUGUGUUCAGACACUUGAAGGCCAUACACAUAAUAUUUCUGCUGUUUGUUUCCAUCCUGAGCUUCCUAUAAUCAUUACUGGAUCAGAAGAUGGUACAGUUCGUAUAUGGCAUUCGACAACUUACAGACUUGAGAACACACUAAACUAUGGCCUUGAAAGAGUAUGGUCUGUUGGAUACAUGAAGGGAUCAAGAAGGAUGGUGAUUGGUUAUGAUGAGGGAACAAUUAUGAUAAAAAUGGGUCGUGAAGUACCAGUAGCAAGUAUGGAUACCAGUGGAAAAAUAAUUUGGGCAAAGCAUAACGAGAUACAAACUGUGAAUAUCAAGAGUGUCAGUGCAGGCUUUGAGGUCACAGACGGGGAAAUAUUGCCCCUUGCCGUAAAGGAGUUAGGAAGCUGUGAUCUGUACCCACAGAGCUUGAAGCAUAAUCCCAAUGGCCGAUUUGUUGUUGUAUGUGGAGAUGGUGAAUACAUAAUUUAUACAGCCUUGGCUUGGAGGAAUAGAUCAUUUGGAUCUGCACUGGAGUUUGUUUGGUCAUCAGAAGGAGAAUAUGCAAUUCGGGAAAGUACAUCAAGAAUAAAGGUUUUCAAUAAAUCAUUCCAGGAGAAGAAAACUGUCCGUCCUACAUUUUUGGCGGAGCGUAUUUUUGGUGGGGUAUUGUUGGCGAUGUGUUCUAGUGACUUUAUUUGCUUUUAUGACUGGGUUGAUUGCAGACUAAUACGCCGAAUUGAUGUGAAUGUCAAGAACCUCUACUGGGCUGAUAGUGGUGACCUAGUUGCAAUAGCAAGUGAUACGUCAUUCUACAUCCUCAAGUACAACAGAGACGUUGUUGCUUCUUAUCUAGAAGGUGGAAAGCCUGUGGAUGAGGAAGGUGUUGAAGAUGCUUUUGAGCUGCUUCAUGAGGUCAAUGAGCGAGUGCGAACUGGAAUUUGGGUUGGAGACUGCUUUAUUUAUAACAACUCAUCAUGGCGUCUAAAUUAUUGUGUUGGUGGCGAGGUCACCACGAUGUAUCACUUGGAUCGCCCUAUGUACUUGUUGGGAUAUCUUGCGAAUCAAAGUCGAGUUUAUCUUAUUGACAAGGGGUUUAAUGCCAUCGGGUACACAUUACUUCUCAGUUUGAUUGAGUACAAGACCCUUGUGAUGCGUGGGGAUUUGGAACGUGCGAAUGAAAUUUUACCAUCCAUACCAAAGGCACAAUAUAAUAGUGUCGCUCAUUUCUUGGAGUCUAGAGGUAUGUUGGAGGAGGCUCUCGAGAUUGCUACUGAUGCCAAUUACAAGUUUGACCUAGCUGUGCAGCUUGGAAAAUUAGAAGUUGCAAAGGCUAUUGCCAUAGAAGCACAAAGUGAAUCUAAAUGGAAGCAGCUUGGUGAACUAGCCAUGUCCACAGGCAAGCUAGAGAUGGCGGAAGAAUGCCUUCUUCAGGCAAAGGAUUUAAGUGGCUUGUUGCUACUGUACUCAUCUCUGGGAGAUACUGAAGGAAUCGAAAAGCUUGCUUCUCUAGCGAAAGGUCAUGGAAAAAAUAAUGUUGCAUUCCUCUGCCUUUUUAUGCUUGGUAAAUUGGAAGAUUGCAUACAGUUGCUCAUAGGCAGCAAUCGUAUACCUGAGGCUGCAUUAAUGGCACGUUCUUAUCUUCCCAGCAAAGUCUCAGAAAUAGUACCAAUUUGGAGAAAUGAUCUAGCUAAAGUUAAUCCAAAAGCUGCAGAGUCUCUGGCAGAUCCUUCCGAGUACCCAAAUUUGUUUGAGGACUGGCAGGUUGCACUUACUGUAGAAAAGAAUAUUGCUUCUCAGAGGGGCCACUAUCCUCCUGCUGAUGAGUACUUGAACCAUGCUGAGAAGUCAGACAUGACUCUUGUGGAAGCUUUCAAGCGGAUGCAGGUCAUUGAAAAUGAGGAACCAGUAGAUGCAGCGGAUGAAGAUGGAGAACCUGAUCAAGAGGCAUUGGAAGAGAACACAGAUGAAGCUGUCCCAGUUGAUGCUGAUGAACCUGAAGAGACCGUUUUUGUAAAUGGGAAUGAGGGUGAGAAACAGUGGGGUACGAACAAUGAAGGAACUUCAUCAGCCUAAAAGAAUUGUUUGGCAAUUGCUAACCCAACAUGAGUAGAAGCUGAGGGAAGCACAACGCAAUGGACGCAUCUGUUCUUUCUGAAGGUGACAAUGUGACAUGUUGGACCCCAAUUUUACUACGAAGUGCUUGGAUUGGUGAUGCUUAUUGCAGCGCCAUUUGAGCCACAUAUUGCUUGUCAAAUUCUUCAAAUGAACCCUCAUACUCGACUACCGGAAGGAUUACUCAACUGGUGUCAAUCCGGGCAGGCUUCUUUUGGCAACAGAAUAGGCAAUUUUUUUCUUGCAACAUUUUCAUACCCGAUUUUCAUGUCGUGAAAUCAAUGGAUUGUGUGUGGAAUCAGUUGUAAUGCAUAGCCUUUGAAUAAAUUGUUAUAGAGUUAUGUAGUAUAUGCCACAUUACCAAUAGCCAUGACACCUUGUAUUAUAUCACAAUUUUUGUUAGCCAUUACUGUAAUUUUUUUAUUCGAUAAGGUUACAUGUAUAUGAUUGUGGCGCCGAAAGCUUGCCCCUGUAUCAUUCCAUUGGAGAUCCAUCUUUGGAUUCAGUUUUUCA